UGCAAUUAUAGAUGCUCUAACACACCCUAGGGUUUUAAAACUUACCGUCUAUAAGUAUCAGAGGCUUCCAUCGUCGGGCCAUAUUGCUGCGAGCCGUGGUGGAGAGACUGUAGAAGCACAUCUACUUUUUGAUUUAUUUGGAAGGGUUUCUGCGACUUGAGGAAUGGCGACGGUACCGGGGCAACUCAUAUGGGAGAUUGUGAAGAAGAACAAUUCGUUUCUGGUGAAACAGUUUGGCAAUGGCACCGCCGGCGUUAAGUUCAGCAAGGAGCGUAACAAUCUUUACAAUUUGCACUCCUUCAAACAUUCCGGUCUGGCAAACAAGAAAACUGUGACAAUUCAACCUGGCAAGCAUCACACUGUGGUGUUUGCAACAACCAAGAUAAAGAAGCAGAACAAGCCUGGAAGUUCACUUCACAAGUCUGUCAUGAAGAAAGACCUCGAUCUCAUGGCUAAUGCUGUUUCAAACCAGGUGGGGGAUACUUAUUACCGCUGUGAUCUUAAGAAGGCAGCUCUAGCAAGACUGUGCGUCGUCCACAGGAGCCUCAAGAUUGCCAAGUCUGGCCCCAAGAAGAGGAAUCGACAAGCUCACAGAACCUGAUUUUCAUUACAACUUCAAUAAGUCAGGCAUUGUUUUUUGUCAUUUUGAAAACUUCUUUUUUCUUUUGGCAAUUAGCUGAAGUUAUUGCAUCUUGGUUUUGGACACAAUUACUUCCAUUUUUUGCUGUUCUUGAUUAGCAUGAGAAACUUCAUUUUAAUCCUUGUUUAUUUGUAUUUUUCUCAAUGCUAUCAAUCAAUGAGUUAUUUCUGAA